UGCCCUUGCGUAAAUAUCUUGAAAGAGUUGUUACCUUAGAGACAAGAUUCUCACAAGUUCAAAUACAGCUGUUCUUGGACAAGGUAAAGUUGGGCUUCAAAUUGACAACCAUACGUCAUUUCGCCAGCUGUUUCACCGAGUAAGCGGAGUUAUAGCAACUAUCUCGACUGUACGUCGCCAGGUCUAUUUCGUACUGUUUCAGAUACAGUGACAGAAUGUUAAAAACAGGGAAACGGGACAAGAGGCCGUUGUUUUGCGCCGUAUUCGCGUUGUGCCUUGUCAAUGGACUUUUUGGUCGACCGUUGAAUGAGGAUUUAUUAUUAACGAGAGCUCACACGCGAGGUGCCCAAAAGAGCCCCCACAAACGACAAGUGAGCUCGACCAAAGUCAUCAUGGCGCAGAUUCUUGAGGCCAACGCGAAGGUAGAUGGUGGGGAGAAGACUUCUACAUUUUCUAAAUCAGAUCCAGCCGAGGAAGAAGUAAAGCUCUUCCAAGGUGACAUAAUCAUGACUCCACAAAUCAGCGAGGCUCUGAACAACAGUAUAAACGACUCCAUCGUCCUGUCCCAUAUAAGAUUUAACGUACCUGGCCCCGUUAUGAACCGGAAGCGCAUAGCGAGAGCUAUCACGAACACGACUGACAUGAAAUGGCCUGUGAUUGGUGGAAAAGCAGAGGUUCCUUACGUCAUCGAGGAAUCAUGUCUGGACGCCAAGUCGGUGAUAGAAGAAGCAAUGUCACACUGGACAAUAAAUGUACCAUGCAUAACUUUCGUCCCAAGAACAGAUCAGUCCGACUACCUGAGUUUCUUCGCUGGAAAGGGCUGCUAUUCGGAUGUCGGUCGUAUUGGACGUAAACAGAGAAUCUCUAUCGGUGCCGACUGCAAAAUAAUGGGCAUAGUCGCACAUGAGAUCGCGCAUGCGCUUGGAUUCUGGCACGAGCAGUCACGACCCGACCGAGAUGAGCACGUCAAUGUUCUGUGGGACAACAUUGAGGAAGGAAAGUCUGAUGAAUUCAAAAAGAUCUUGGGCGGAGCCAUCGACAGCAAGGGCAUUCCCUACGACAUCAACAGCCUGAUGCAUUUCGGCCCGCAUGCGUUCGCAAAGGCCGAGGGUUACAAUACUCUAGAGACACUAACCGGGAAAACUGAUUUUGGUCAGCGGAAUGGUCUGAGUACGCUGGAUAUAGAGCAAGCUAAACUAUUGUACUGUACUGACGGCUGCCAACACGUGGACAAGGUGCCGGAAUGCCAGUACUACAAGAGUCAGGGCUACUGCAACCAAGGUAGCGGCUAUGAGAGUUAUAUGGAGACGCAGUGCAAACGGUCUUGUCUAUGCAAUGUUUGUGAGGACACCGAUGCUAACUGCUCCGAGUUCGUCAGACAAGGGUUUUGUACAAACCCCGAGUACUCCGUUCACAUGAACGCUUACUGCAAGAAAUCGUGUAAUUUGUGUACAUAAAUAAUCAUGUUAGUUGAUUCAAACCAAUAUACACUACCAAAGAUGAGAUAAA